UCACAGUCACACACACGAAGGAACAUACCUUUCUCAUCUUUCUCUAUUUCUCUCACUAGUUUCUCUCUCUAAGAUCUUUGUGAGAACAAAACAAUGGCUGCUGAAGUUAGCUCUCUAAUUAGAGUUCUUGGUGGUAGUGGUUACAAAGAAGAUCAACAUCGAACGGUUGGGAAUGAAUCUCACGGUGAGAAUUCAACGGCUCUGAUUACAAGAGAUUUGCUUGGUGGGUCCUCUAUUGAAUCCCAAGAAUUGGAUCUCGAUUUACAGGUUCCUAGUGGCUGGGAGAAACGUCUUGACCUUCAGUCAGGGAAAGUCUAUAUUCAAAGGUGCAACAAUUUAUCACUAUCACCUAUGUUAGAACAAAAAAAACAAGUGAAACCAACAACCCCAAAAUUUCAAGACCUAAAUUUCCCAUCUACACAAUCAAAUGUUGCAUUGAACCUUUUUGAUGAAACAAAUUUAGACCUAAAGUUAGUUUCAUCAACCUUACCAUCAAAUAAUUACCAAAGUGUGUGCACACUUGAUAAAGUGAAAUCAGCACUUGAGAGGGCAGAAAAAGAACCAAUUAGAAAAAGAACAUCAUUUUUGAAGUCAUCAAUUUCAGCAACAUCACCUUCAUAUUCCUCUUCUUCAUCUUCAAUUAGAGAAACAAAUCAACAAGAAGAAGAAAGUGAAGAGAAACUUAUUUCAUCACCAAUGGCUGCAGGGUGUCCUGGAUGUUUAUCAUAUGUAUUGAUAAUGAAAAAUAAUCCUAAGUGUCCUAGGUGUAAUUCUCUUGUUCCAAUUCCUUCCAUGAAGAAACCUAGGAUUGAUCUUAAUAUUUCAAUUUAAAUGGUUUAAGGAUAAUUGGCAAUUCAUUAAUUGCCUACAUUUUUAAUAUAUAAUUUUUUUUUCUUCUUGUUUUGUAAAUUGAAUGAUAGAUAGAUUUAGAUGGUUUAAGGAUAGGAUAAAUUUUUAAGGGAUGAUGGCCAGAGUUUAUGUAUAUUGAUAAGUCACUACCGUUUUACUAAGGAAACUAAUGGAAAAUUUUCAAUUUCUAUUUUAUA